AUGUCGACUGUAAAAUCAAUACCUAAAAAAAUUAAGUUCAGAGCAGGGAUUGCUAAAUUCGACGAAGUUACAAAAGAAUGUAUUCCAUUGGCAGUGCAAGGUGAGAUCCAUCUAGACGCUAGUGAAGAAGAGUCUGAAUUAGGAUUUUAUGAUUUUGAAUGGAAGCCAACAGAAGACGUAAACAAUCCAAAUAACACCCCGAUCAAUUUAAUUUUAAUACCGGGAGAAACAGUAUUUGUGCCAAUUAAAUCAUGCACUACAGGUAGAGUAUUUGCAAUUAUUUUCUCAUCGAAUGAGAAAUAUUUCUUCUGGUUACAGGAAAAAAACCCAUCUAAUUUAAGAGUAAAUGAAUUGAGUUCAAAUGAUAAAGAAAUAUAUCAAAGAAUUACUGCAAUUCUAACAGCAUUUGAAGAUGAUGAAGAUAACGAAGAAGGCAAGGCGCUGCUUAACGAGAAGGAGAAAGACGUCGAGAUGGAAUAA